UAAUUUUUCAUUAACAUGGGUGCCACACGAAGCCUACUGAUCCUCCAAUUCUGGUCCUGCCUUCUGGUCGCUUCGAUUUUGGGAUGCCGAGUAAUCUCUCCCUGGAAAAGUCUCUGUGAGUCCUACGAAGGAGUGAAUGGGUGCGUCGAUAAUGGGAAGUGGGAGCCAAAGCUCCCACCCCGGGACAACACCUGCUGUGGUCCUCAAUGCCGCUACACGGCCCUGAAACCCCCAACACCUCCUCCAAAAUGCGGCUGCGAAGAAAAAAAAUGUCGCUGUAUCCUAGACACGAGUUGCGGAAAGACCGAUCCAGUGCUGCCCUUCAGUUACCGAUGCCUGACGGACUCCGAAUUGGCAAAGGAAAAUGCGCAAAGGAAGUGUGAAGGCUUUGCUCAACUGCUGAGCAUUGACGGUUGGUGCAACAAAACCUGCCAGGCCAAAAAUUAUCUGUGUGGUAUUAAUUGCUGCUGCCGUGAAUACUGUCCUACGAAAUUCUGUAAAUUUCCCCAACCCCGAAAAUGUUGAUUAAAUCAGAUAAGUGAUGGAAGAAGAGCAAUUAUACGUUUUCAUAAAAACACUCAUUGUCCUUUCUUAAAUAGACUCUCCCCCUGCUUAAUAGA